UACUGGUGCCAUAUGUGAUCAAGUACAGCUUUCCCACCAAACACGGCUACAAAACGUGCUCACGAGUCAAAGAAACACCAGUUAACACUAAAGAGUUGAACGACUACUUACAAGUAACCUUCAGGAAAUCUUCAUCUAUUAGACUUGAUCUAGUUAACGUUCUGCGAAUCGUCGUUUCACAUAAGGAUUUUUCCAUAACUUGUUUKAUCUAAAUGUGUAUUUCUUGAUCCUUUGUUACUAGAGAAUUUGCCGCACUGGUUUUGAAUACAUUACCAGUUUCCAAAUCUUGAUUUUUUGCUUSAGCUGAAAGUGUGAAAUUUCAAAUCAAUUGAAGACAACGUAUACACGGAUUAUCGCCAACUUGUGGUCCAAGAACUGCUUUAACACAGAUAACAAGUUUGUGGCUCUAUCAGAGAAAAUAGGUCAGCUAUCUUGGAUACUUGAUGUGCUUGAAAGAAUCUCUCGCAAAUUGAAGAAGGCAGUAUAUUUGUAUGAAAUACUCAUAACGACGUGGUGUGUAAACUUUUGGGCAUUUCUUAAUGAUGGCCUUUCAGUUGGGGAAUACAACACGUUUAAGACAUAUGAAUUAUCCCGAAAAGAGAACACAGUGGAACCAAACAGAAACAUCCUCACCAGUGCCGUUACACAAAAACCCACAGUUUACUCUAGAUGGGAAUGAAGAGAACGUACUUAUGAGUCAAGGGCAAACAGAAAAGGGAAAUCACUUGGUUACAAAUCAAAGGAAUGAGAUCUUGUCACCAAGUAUGGUACCUGGUAACUACCGAAACGAAAAUACCAGCACCAGCACUAAAAAUAUUACUAACAAUAUAUCGAUACAAACRAACUUUUCAAGUCAUCACUUAAUUSCACGAAAUCUAUCCACCGCUUCACAACAGAGUGUCACAAUAGAAUGGGACGUGCUUGAAUCUUUUUCAGAGUUCGCAGCGUUUCUUGAGCUACAAAAUCCUAUAUGCCCUGCAGAACAUGUAGAUACGCCGGAAAAGUUGAUGAACGUUUUAGCUUGGGAUUUAUGCGUGUAGCUAGUGGCGUGAAUUAGAAGACUUGGAUGAUCAUGCGAUUCAUUGAUAGGCRAUAAAUGGUGUAUAGUUUGAGCUAAAUAUUGCUUGCUUGUGUCUUUAUUGCGUACGUAAAAGAAAAAUGAAUUGUUCAUUGUAAUGAUUUAUACAUGGGCCAAUGAAAACAGUAUCUAACUGGGUAUUCAUUGUAAUAACAAACGGUYAAAACAAUCAAAAAGUGUGAUAUUUAAGAGAUUCAUCUUGGGUGUCACUAUUUCUACUCUUUUAAUGUCUGUUAUAAAAAAGGUUUUACGAACAAAAAUAAUGCAAGGUUCAAACGAAUAAACGAUUUUUAAGGCAAA